GAUUUCUCUCCGGCCUAUGAUCGAUAAUCUGCUGAUUCUUACACACGUUCAUCGACACGUAACAAAUCCAUAAGCUGCUGCUGCUGCUGCCAGCAGCAGCAAACCUUGUUCUUCCGACCUCUUUAUUUCUCCUUUCUGCCGUUUCUCCCAAUUCCUAGAGGGCUCGUGCCUACCUAGCUGCUGAUUUCGUUGUUCUCUGAAUUUCUUUUUUUUUUUUAGUUGUUGCCUAGAAGGCUAUAGCUAGAGAGGGAGCUCGUGGUGGCGAUCUUCUUGGGAAGCAACAACCAAAAAGUUGGUGAGAAUUCUAUUCCUCUGUACCAGAUAGAGAGAGAAGCCCACAGCGUACAAGGGCAGGGCAGGGCAGGGAGGAUCGAUCGCAGUGUGGUAGCCAGAGCUAGCUUUUAACAGGGACAAGCUUCCUCCCCUAACCCUCUUUUCUCUUUGUUCUCUUCUCAGCCCGCUUUGUUCCCCUCUCGCGCGCCUCUUUAGCUUGCCCCGCCACCAGCCCCCGAUCGACCCCUGGCUGCGCGCAGAGAUCAUAUCUCUCCUUUUACGCACGUACCUCCUUUCAUUCCCCCCUGACCGGCAGGGCUAGCAGCUCAGUCUCUAAUCUUGCCACAUAUGGGGACGGGUUAGCAAAGCGCGAGGAGGGAGGGACAGGGAGAGGCUUUCGACGAUCUCUUCUUGAUUAUCAGUUCUCAUCAUCACUCGUACGUACGCGCGUACGUGUAUACCUGCAGGCCCCGGCCCGGCCAGUCGGUCCCCUGCGCGCACUGGUAAAAAGAGGAGCUAGCUAGCGAGAGCCGAUCGAGAUCGAGCCCGGGCGGCCAUGACAUGGUGCAAUAGCUUCAACGACGUGCGCGCCGUGGAGAACAACCUGGCCUCCGCCGCGGCCGUCGCGGCAGCGGCCAAGAAGCAGCAGCAACAGCAACAGCAGCAGCAGGCCUCCUCCCACGUCAGCCUCGUCAGGACGUGCCCCGCUUGCGGCCACCACGCGCAGUAUGAACAGGCUGCGGCGACGAUACAGGAUCUGCCGGGGCUUCCGGCGGGGGUGAAGUUCGACCCGACGGACCAGGAGCUGCUGGAGCACCUGGAGGGGAAGGCCAGGCCCGACACGCGCAAGCUCCACCCGCUCGUCGACGAGUUCAUCCCGGCAAUCGAGGGAGAGAACGGCAUCUGCUACACCCAUCCCGAGAGGCUCCCAGGAGUCGGCAAGGACGGCCUAAUCCGUCACUUCUUCCACCGUCCAUCGAAGGCGUACACGACGGGCACUCGGAAGCGGCGGAAGGUGCACACCGACGAGCAAGGCGGCGAGACGCGGUGGCACAAGACGGGCAAGACCCGCCCCGUGUUCACCGACGGGAAGCUCAAGGGUUACAAGAAGAUCCUGGUCCUCUACACCAACUACGGCAAGCAGCGGAAGCCGGAGAAGACCAACUGGGUGAUGCACCAGUACCACCUGGGCUCCGACGAGGAAGAGAAGGACGGCGAGCUCGUCGUCUCCAAGGUCUUCUUCCAGACGCAACCGCGGCAAUGCGGUGGCUCCACGGGCGCAGCAGCCGCCGGGAGCAGCAUCAAGAGUGGCGCCGCUGCCGCUGCAGCUGCUGAGCACCACCACCGUCAGAACGAUGGUGGCAACAAUAACACCAACAACAGCAUGCUGAAGGAAACUCCAGGGAUGGUAGAUUUCUACAGCCCGGCACUAAUCGGGUACAGCAGCCAGGCGGCUCCUCCUAACAACAGGGCGGCAGCCGCGGCGGCGGCGGCUGCUGCUGCUGCUCACUUGAUGCCUAACUUUGAGGUGCACACGGGAGGGACAGGCUUUGGCCCCUGAUCAAGAAGUACAAAGCCAACUAAAGCAAAGAAAUUAUAUUCUUGACUGAUAUAUACCCACAUUACUACUAGGUUAGAGGCCAGGAGAGAGUACUGAGAGUGUGGCAGGCUGCAGAUAAUGGCACUGGGACAACGAUGUUACUACGGGUAUAAGCUUUCCUAAAAGGUACGUACUACUGGACAAUAAGAGGAGUUCGGAGUGCAUGGCUGCACAGAUCGAUGAUGAAGCGUAGGGACCGACGUCGUUAAUUUGUUCAUUAUUAUACGUGUACACAAGUACCUUGACAUACUCCAAUUUUUUGUUUAAUGAUCUGUUAAUUGUUCCAUAAUAAGAAUUGUGACGUUUAAUAUUGUACACCAAUUAAUCGUUCUUUGCAUGGUUGAAGGACUUAUCGUGCGGUAAAGGGAAAA